AAAAAAAAACUGCAACCUCCUCUUCUUCUCCUACAUAAUGCCUUCUACUUCUUUCCUCAACCACCAUCUCUAUCUCCUUCUAUUUCAAUCCAUUUCUUCUUGUUUUAGCCUUCUACACAACUUACAUCCAUCAUCAUGUCAUCACUUUAUUCUGUUCGCCUUCUUUCACCGCCAUUAUCUCACUCUCUUAGCUCCUCCACAAGACCCAGAACAAAGCUCUUUGCUGGUCCCACGGUGGUGCAGCCGGUGGAGGUGGAGGUUGAUGUAGAGAGGCUGGAGCCAAGAGUUUAUGAGAAAGAUGGCUACUGGGUAUUGAAGGAAAAGUUUAGACAGGGUAUUAAUCCUCAGGAAAAGGUGAAGAUACAGAAAGAGCCUAUGAAACUUUUCAUGGAAAAUGGGAUUGAGGAGCUUUCUAAACUUUCAAUGGAAGAGAUUGAUAAAAGUAAGGACACUAAGGAUGAUAUUGAUGUUAGGCUCAAGUGGCUUGGUCUCUUCCACAGAAGGAAGCAUCAUUAUGGUCGGUUUAUGAUGAGACUGAAGCUACCAAAUGGAGUAACAACAAGUGAACAAACACGAUAUUUGGCUAGUGCGAUAAGGAAAUAUGGUAAGGAUGGAUGUGCAGAUGUUACAACCAGGCAAAACUGGCAAAUACGUGGAGUGGAGCUGCUUGAUGUGCCUGAAAUACUCCAGGGUCUUGCUGAAGUUGGCUUGACAAGCCUGCAGAGUGGCAUGGACAAUGUGAGAAACCCAGUUGGAAAUCCUCUUGCAGGAAUUGACCCGGAUGAGAUUGUUGACACACGACCUUACACAAAUUUGUUAUCCCAAUUUAUCACUGGCAAUUCAAAUGGAAAUCCUGCUGUUUCUAACUUGCCAAGGAAAUGGAAUGUAUGUGUCGUAGGUUCUCAUGAUCUAUACGAACAUCCUCACAUAAAUGAUCUUGCUUACAUGCCUGCAACUAAGGAUGGACGUUUUGGAUUCAAUUUGCUGGUGGGUGGGUUCUUUAGUGCCAAGAGAUGUGCUGAGGCAGUUCCUCUUGAUGCCUGGGUUUCAGCAGAAGAUGUGGUGCCAUUGUGCAAAGCAGUACUUGAGGCCUACAGAGAUCUUAGCACCAGAGGAAACAGGCAGAAGACUAGAAUGAUGUGGUUGAUUGAUGAACUUGGCAUUGAAGGAUUCAGGUCAGAGGUAGCAAAAAGAAUGCCAAAUCAAGAACUAGAAACAGCAUCUUCUGAAGAUCUGGUUCAAAAGCAAUGGGAAAGGAGGGACUAUUUCGGUGUGCAUCCACAAAGCCAAGAAGGUUUUAGUUAUGUAGGUCUGCACAUUCCUGUAGGGCGUCUCCAAGCAGACGACAUGGAUGAACUAGCUCGUUUAGCCGAUACCUAUGGCUCUGGUGAACUCAGGCUCACUGUGGAGCAAAACAUCAUAAUCCCCAACAUUGAGAACUCAAAGAUCGAGUCCUUACUUGAAGAGCCUCGAUUGAAAGACAAGUUCUCACCAGAACCACCUCUUCUCAUGAAAGGUUUAGUGGCAUGUACUGGCAACCAGUUUUGUGGGCAAGCCAUAAUUGAGACAAAAGCUAGGGCCAUGAAGGUGACUGAGGAUGUGCAAAGGUUAGUGUCAGUGACUCGGCCAGUGAGAAUGCACUGGACAGGUUGUCCCAACACCUGUGGGCAGGUGCAGGUAGCUGAUAUUGGGUUCAUGGGGUGCAUGACAAGAGAUGAAAAUGGAAAGACUUGUGAAGGGGUGGAUGUGUACUUGGGAGGAAGAAUAGGGAGUGACUCACAUUUGGGGAAAGUUUAUAAGAAGAGUGUUCCUUGCAAGGACUUGGUGCCUUUAGUUGUGGACAUUUUGGUUAAGCACUUUGGAGCUGUCCCUAGAGAGAGGGAAGAGGUGGACGAUUAGGUUGAAGAAUCAUUGGUUCAUUUUUAUUUCUUAUUUUUUAACCCUUUCUUUUCUUGCUUUCGUUUUGUGUAAUUGUGGGAUGUAGGAUACCAGAAGUUACUGUUUAUCAUGUAAAAUUAGUUUGCUCAAAGUAAUAAAUUCUUUCUAUUUGAAGAAAAAAAAAAA